CGUGACGGACGUGCGUUGACAUCGGUCGCUCGCUUCCACGUGGAGGCAGAGCCUCGAGCUGCUGUCGCCCCGAUGUGUAUCUUGCCGCGCGCGUAGUUUCGCGUAGUUUCGAGUGGCGACGUUGAGGUUGAUUGAUCGACGAGAUAUCGCGCCUCUCGAAUUUUUCCGCGAUCGCGUUGGACGCGCGAGAGUGAAUCCUUGAGCGGAAAGACGCGCCGUGCGCCUAACUUCAGAGUGCAGUGACACACGAUCGAGCUUGAGCGUCAGUGAGACUCGGUGGACGGUGAGAGUGGAUUGUACCUGGAAUUUGGAUUACUUGAAACACGAUACGUCGCGUGGAGGUGAGGGCUGCGUCGUCGCUGCAUCGUGUGCCACAGGAGGACAGCCGCCGUGGGGAUCGAAGCAGAACAAGGUGACCGUCGCCGAUACGGGAAACGGGACCGGAAGUCUCGUGCCUCUCGCAGCGGCCUCGUCCUGCCGGACGGGGGGCAAAUCGGGUGGCAGCGUUCGUCGACGAGCACCGACGAUGAGCUAGCGACACCAUCAUGCGUAAGAUGAAGCAGCGCGUGCUGCACGCCUGGCCAUGGUUGUGGCUGUGGCUGUUCGCGGCCACGGCCGGCUCUCCGUCUUCCGUGUCGACGACUUUUCUACCGCCCCGCGACAGCGGAGGCGAGGGCGGAGGCGGCGACGGGUCGGCGAUGAAGUUGUCGAUUGGCACCGCGACGACCCCGGCGCCCUUCGAGGACGACGCGAGUGUCGCGAAGACGAAAGUCGACUUUCGUUUCACUCGACCCCUGUACAACGUCUCCAUUCCCGAGAAUUCCAUCGGCAAGACGUACGUCGUGCCCGACGAGAGGAUGGGCAUCAAGCUCGCGUCCGCCGACAGUGACGUCGACAUCAAGUUCCGUAUAGUGAGCGGUGACCGCGACAAGUUCUUCAAGGCGGAGGAGCGCACGAUCGGCGACUUUUGCUUCCUCCUCAUUCGGACUCGAACUAGUAACGUCGACGUGCUGAAUCGCGAGCGCAAGGACCGCUACGUCCUCGAGGUGCGCGCGACCUCGAACGGACACGACGGUAAAAACGGAGCGGCGAUCGCGGACGCGACGGUGGUGGUGACGAUCCUCGACACGAACGAUCUCAAUCCGCUCUUCUAUCCGAUCGAGUACGAGACCACCGUGAUGGAGGACACGCCUUUGCAUCGCAGUAUACUCAGGGUAAUCGCCGAGGACGCCGAUCUCGGCAGAAACGGCGAGAUUUAUUAUAGCUUCGCCGAGGAGACCGAUCAGUUUGCCGUUCAUCCGGUCAGCGGCGUAAUAACGAUCACGAGACCACUCAGGUACGCGGAACGCGCCAUACACGAGCUAGUAGUCUUAGCGAAGGAUCGCGGUGCUCUGUUUCGCAGCGUGGGUACCAACCACGCGAGCACCGCGAGGGUCACGAUCAAGGUGAAGCAGGUGAAUCUUUACGCGCCCGAGAUCUACGUUCACCAGCUGCCCGAGAUCGUGGAGAACUCGAACGCCGACAUUUACGCGAUCGUGCGGGUGAUCGACCGCGACAAGGAUGUGCACGGGCAGAUCGCGAGCCUGGACAUCGUGGGCGGGGACCCGGCCGGUCACUUCAGGGUGCGCCCGGUCGGCGGGCCGCACUCUGGCGAGUACAACAUCGAGGUGCUGCACCUGCUCGAUCGCGAGACCGCGCUGCAGGGUUACAAUCUCACCCUGCGCGCGAUGGACCGGGGAGUGCCGCAGCGAUACAGCUACAAAUUCGUGCCGGUGCACUUGACCGACAUGAACGACAACGCGCCGGUGUUCAGCCGCGAGAUUUACGAGGUCAAGGUACCGGAAACGGCGCCCAUCAACACGCCGAUCAUCAGACUCAAGGUAACAGACGCGGACGAGGGUAGAAACGCCCUGGUCUACCUCGAGAUAGUGGGCGGCAACGAGGGUGGCGAGUUUUACGUGAACGCCGAGACCGGGAUGUUGUACACUGCCGUGGAACUGGACGCCGAGAAGAAGGCGUUUUACACGCUCACGGUAUCGGCGAUCGAUCAGGGUAACGCGGGCACUAGAAAGCAAUCCUCGGCCAAGGUGAAGAUCAAUGUGGUCGAUACCAACGACAACGAUCCGACCUUCGAUCAGCCGGAAAUGGAGGUGUGGUUGGACGAGAACGAGCCUGCCGGCACGUCCGUCGUACGAGUGACGGCGAAAGAUCGCGAUUCCGGCGAGAACGCCUACAUAUCUUACAGCAUCGACAACCUGAAGAAGGUGCCGUUCGAGAUCGACCAUUUCUCCGGUAUCGUCAAGACGAAACAGGUGCUCGAUUACGAGACCAUGAAGCGGGAGUAUCUGCUCCAUGUGCGAGCCAGCGAUUGGGGCCUGCCUUAUCGCCGCCAGGCGGAGAUGCAGCUGCGGGUGAAACUGCGCGACGUGAACGACAAUCGACCGCAGUUCGAGCGAAUCGACUGCGUCGGCCACGUGCCGCGAUACGUGUCGAUCGGUUCCGAGAUCAUCACCGUGUCCGCCAUCGACUUCGACGCCGGGAACAUUGUCAGCUAUCGGAUAGUCUCCGGUAAUUCCGACGGUUGCUUCGCCCUGGACUCGGUCAGCGGCGUCCUAUCGGUCGCCUGCGACCUGUCGGACAUCAAGGCCAGCGAGAGGACCAUCAACGUUACCGCUACCGAUGGCACGCACUUUGCCGACGUCAAUCCCGUGCACAUGCAUCUCGUGAACGCCAAGCGGAACCUGGGCUCGCAAGCGAGGAUCCUCACGGACGAGACCGGCGCCUUCAAGUGCCACGAUACUGGUGUGGCACGCAGACUGACGGACGCGAUCGCUUCCGCGGAGAGGAACAACAUGCCAACGCGGAACGACGAGUACACCCUGAUACCGAGCCGUUACGGCGAGAACAUGCACGCGCCCGAGUUCAUCGAUUUUCCAAGCGAGAUACGGGUCAACGAGUCGCUCAAGCUCGGCACGACCCUCGUGCGAAUACGCGCCCGCGAUCGCGAUCUCGAUUACAACGGCAAGCUCGUCUUCGUCAUCUCCAGCGGCGACCGCGAUUCCGUCUUCGGCAUCGAUCCGGACACCGGGGACCUGAACACGAUCGGUUACCUGGAUCGCGAGCGGGAGAGCGAGUAUUAUCUCAACAUAAGCGUGUUUGAUCUCGGCAAGCCGCAAAAGUCCGCCUCGAAGAUGCUGCCGGUGACCAUCCUGGACGUCAACGAUAAUGCACCCAAGUUUGAAAAGUCCCUGGCGAGCUUCAGGAUCUCGGAGACCGCGUUAAACGGCACCAACGUGUGGCGCGCGAACGCCACCGAUGCCGAUCUCGGCGACAACGCGCGCGUCACCUAUUCCCUGGUGACCGAGACCAACGACUUUCGCGUGGAUCCCGUGACGGGGGUGCUUAGCGUCUUCGGCAAGCUCGACAGGGAACGUCAGGAGAUAUACGAGCUGAGGAUUCGCGCGCGCGAUAACGGUGGAAAGGACACCGACACCCCGCCCCUCUAUUCGGAAGCGCUUGUCAGGGUGACGGUUGACGAUGUCAACGAUAACGCACCCACUUUUGCCCUGUCAACGUACAACGUCAAGAUCCGCGAGGACGUGCCGGUGUGGACCGUCGUGGCCGUCGUGGAUGCCACGGACCCCGACGAGGGCGCGGGUGGAGACGUGGAGUAUUUCCUGUCGGAUGCCAUGGAGAGCGAGGGCUUCUUCAAGGUCGACAAGGUCUCGGGGACGGUGAGGACGACUCAGAGCCUGGACUUUGAAGAACGGCAGGCGCACACGUUGACGAUAGUCGCGCGCGAUCGCGGUGAACCGUCCCUGUCCUCGGAGACGAUGCUCGUGAUCGAGGUGAUCGAUGUGAACGAAAACCUUUACUCGCCGGUUUUUGACGACUUUGUCGUGUCCGCGAGUGUCUUCGAGAAUCAACCGGUCGGCACCCUUGUUACUACGGUUCGGGCCAAGGACGCGGAUCCACCCGGGGGAGACUCCAAGGUUGGCUACAGCAUUCGAGGAGGCGACGGCAUCGGCAUCUUCUCCAUCGACGAUGAAGGUAAGAAAGAGCUGAGAAAAUUGUUUUCCCGAUUGUACGUGUCGAAUUCGAGACGCCACGGUUCACUUCCGUUCGAUUUCGACGGGGGGUGGGAUCGGAAGGUGGCGGCGAGGGGUAGGUGA